CGCCUCCCAAGGGCCCAUUCAUCGACAGCUGGGGUUAUCCAACUUCUUCUCGUUGCAUGAUCCCUUUUUUGGAGUUAGGAUAUACUUUUUGCCCAGUAACAAGCAACAAUGUCUUUGGCAAUUCCCAACGCGCCGAACGCCGGCCUUUUCAAACAGGGCUACAACAGCUACGAUGCCGAAGACGGUGCUGUUCUGCGUAAUAUCGAUGCCUGCCACACCAUUGCACAGACCGUUCAGACCUCCCUUGGUCCCUUCGGCCGCAACAAGAUCGUCAUCAACCACCUUCAGAAGAUGAUUCUUACCUCAGAUGCCGCGACGAUUCUACGCGAGCUCGAUGUGGUACACCCCGCAGCAAAACUGAUGGUUAUGGCCAGCCAGCAGCAAGAGGCCGAGAUGGGCGAUGGCACAAAUAUGGUCAUCAUACUGGCCGGCGAACUGUUACGGAAGGCAGAAGAUCUCUUGCGGAUGGGAUUGAAGGCCAGUGAUAUCGCACAGGGUUAUGAAAAGGCGCAGAUUUUUGCUUUGAGUUGCUUAGACGAUCUUGAGGUGGACAGAUUGCAGCAAUUACGGUCCACAGCCGAGUUGGGGAAGGCAUUGAAGACAGUGAUUGGCAGCAAGCAGUGCGGCUCCGAAGACAUCUUGGCUCCACUUGUCGCCGAGGCCAUCUUGGCCGUCAUGCCAAAAAAUCCCGCCCAAUUUAAUAUCGAUAAUGUUCGCGUGGUUAAAAUCAUGGGUGGAAGUUUAGAGCAGUCGAAAGUGGUAAAGGGUAUGGUUUUCGGUCGGGAACCCGAAGGAUCAAUCAAGAAGGCCAAGAAGGCCAAGGUUGGCGUCUUCAGCUGCCCGGUUGACAUCUCCCAAACGGAAACCAAGGGGACUGUUCUCCUGAAGAAUGCACAAGAAAUGCUUAGCUUCACAAAGGGUGAAGAAGACCGCUUAGAGGCCGCGAUCAAAGAACUCUACGAUUCCGGCAUCCGGGUGGUCGUUGCCGGUGCAACCGUUGGCGAGUUGGCUCUACAUUAUCUGAACCGCUUCAACAUCCUUGUCAUCAAGGUGCUCUCCAAGUUCGAACUCCGCAGACUAUGCCGUGUCGUUGGAGCAACUCCGCUAGCCCGCCUUGGAGCUCCGAUGCCAGAUGAGAUGGGAAGCGUCGACGUUGUGGAGACGAUGGAGAUCGGCGGAGAUCGAGUAACGGUUUUCCGCCAGGAGGAGGCCAGCAGCGUCACCCGAACAUCCACCAUUGUCCUUCGCGGCGCAACCCAAAACUUCUUGGAUGAUGUGGAGCGUGCGAUCGAUGACGGUGUGAAUGUCGUGAAGGCCAUCACUAAGGAUCCCCGACUCGUCCCUGGCGCCGGUGCCACAGAGAUCCAGCUCACGGAGAGGAUUUCCAAAUACGCCGAUAGGACCCCGGGGCUGGCUCAGUACGCGAUCCGGAAAUACGCCGAAGCAUUUGAGGUCAUCCCGCGCACCCUAGCCGAAUCUGCGGGUCUCAAUGCUACCGAAGUCUUGUCCAGAUUAUACACCGCUCACCAGCAGCAAGCCCAAUCCGGGUCCGAAGAUGAAGAGGAAGGUUCAUCGGAAGAAGAGGAGCCAUACUGGACCACUGGAGUUGAUAUCCAUGCAUCCACCCCCAGUGGCACCAUUGACGCGCAGGAGGAAGACAUUCUCGACCUCCUUGUUUCAAAGCAGUGGGCGAUCAAGCUCGCAACCGAGGCUGCAAGAACCGUGCUGAGCGUCGACCAGAUCAUUGUCGCAAGGCAAGCCGGUGGGCCCAAGCCGCCGGGUCAGAAUCCUCACUGGGACGAGGACUAAGAUAAUGAAUGGCGGAUUUAUAAGGGAUGUGGGUGAGGGGAAUCAAAAUAUGGAAUAGAACUGGCCCCUGUAGGCACAUUGCGACUAUUGCAGAUAUCAACUACAUAAUCAAAAUCUCAUAUGCUCAG